GAUGCCUUGGCGAGCAUUGGUGGUGAUGGCAAAGCUUCCUGUCAAGGUCCAAGUUAGCUUCAGCUUCCUAGCUGUACAGUUGAUCAAAAUGAGAGAAGCUAAAAAGAUUGUCAUAGAAACGGAUACCUCUUCCUUUGAGUUUGACUUCCUGUCAUCGGACGAUCUGGAACAAGCAGUCAGCCACAUGAUUACUUCCCUCAAAAAGGUUUUUCCGGGAUCCUCACCUGGAGAUCUCCUCCAGAACGCCUCUCCCAGCUUGCUUGCGAGAAUUCAAGGGACGACCGAUUCGUUGGAAGAAGCAUGGAAAGAAAGUCCUUGUGGUGGAUUCUCAGAGACCUACGCUGCCCUCUGCGAUUACAGUGGCCUUUCCGUCCAAGAGGAAAUCCAAUGGGAUGUGGAUAAUAUUUAUCACGCCCGGGGAUGCAGAGAAUUCAACCUCUUGGAUUUUAACCACCUGCCCAGCCAAGAUAUCGCUCUUUGUGUGGCCAGUUUAUCGUUUAAUCAGUGGUUUACAAAGCUAAGUUGCAAAGACUUCAAACUGAAUCAGGUUAUUUUGGAGGAGAUCCUUCUGGCCCUGAGAAAAUCAGUGACUUUGAAAGAGUUGGAGCUGGAAAACUGUGGCUUAAAAUGUGACUUUGCGCAGCAGAUGGCCCUUGUCCUUCAAGAAUAUCCAGAUUCUGCAUUAAACAGCCUUAAUCUCUCUAGAAACCUCCUGGAGGACCGAGGUAUAAUUGCUCUAAGCCAGACCUUCGAGCAAAGGAACAAGGGUUUCCAGUCCUUGAACUUCGCAAGGACUUCUGUGACUCAGAAAGGUAUGAUGGCCUUAUGUCAAUCUUUCAUCAACAAUGGACAAUUCAGAAUCAGCUUAUCCCACCUGGACCUCUCUGGAAAUCCAGGAAGUUUGUUGGCUGAAGGUGGAAAUGGCUUGUUUUCCUUCCUGAGUCAGCCAAAUGUUUUGGGUCAUCUCAAUCUCUCUGGGUCAGACUGUGCUCUGGAUAUGCUCUUCGGUGCCUUGGCUGGUGGAUGCUGUGUCAACCUGACUCAUCUGAAUCUCUGCAAGAAUGUUUACUCUCACAAAAAAUCCAGAGGUGAUCCUUUUGCAAUCGGCCAGUUCCUCAGCCAAGCCUCUGCCCUACAACACGUCUCCCUGUCUGGAACCAAGCUUCCACCAGAGGCUUUAAGAGCUUUGCUUCAGGCUUUAGCCAACAACACCCAACUGAAGAAUCUGAAUCUGGACCUCAGUAGCUGUGAGCUGAGGUCGGCAGGAGCACAAGUGAUCCAGGAUCUGAUCUCAGAUGCCAGUUCAAUCUGUGACUUGAAUUUGUCAGACAACGGCUUUGAUUCUGACAUGGUGACGCUGGUUUUGAGCCUCAACCGAAGCAAAUCCAUUAAGCAUGUCGCAUUAGGGAAGAACUUUAACAUCCAAUCUAGAGAGACUCUCGUUGACACCUUACACCGGAUUGUUCAACUCACUCAGGAUGAAGAUUGUUCCCUUGAAUCUGUAUCAGUGGCCGAAUCACGCCUGAAGCUGAGAACCAGCAUUCUCCUGGAUGGUUUAGGAAGCAACAGCCAUCUUGUGGCCUUGGAUAUCAGCGGCAAUGCCAUGGGAGACCUGGGUGCCAAAAUACUGGCCAAAGCUUUGUCGGUGAAUAAAACUCUGAGGACUCUAAUAUGGGAUAGAAACAACAUAACCUUAUACGGAUUUCUUGAUGUGAUUUCAGCUUUGGAAAGGAAUUUCAUCCUCACGAAAAUGCCUUUGCCCAUGAACGACAUUGCUGUGGCUUACCGGAGUCAUCCAGAGAAAAUGGAGGAAAUUGUGCACCAGAUACAGUCGUACCUUGCAAGAAAUCAGAUUCAAGCAAACCUGCUCAAGGAGAAAGGCCAGCUCCAGCUCGACAGUCAAGCCAACUCUUCUGAACAGGCGGUGAAAGAUGCUUGCCAGACUGUGCAGAAGUACAUCGGGCUGCUGAGCUGUGUUCAGGAUGUGGAAGUUAAGGCUGAUCUGCUUUGGGCUGAGGAAGCCAUUAAGGAUGCAACCCUCUUCAUGGAUAUUUUGCCCGUUUUGUACGAAGUGGGAAGGGCUUCCUACCAGAACUGCAAGCUUCAGCACAAAUUGGAAAAACUAAUUGAGGAAGUUUCUCGGACCUACAGCAAGGAGAUUCAGGCGGUUGUACAAUCCCAGCUGGAUGCUACGCAGAGUUUGCACCCUCAAAUCUUGCAGAGAACAGAUUUCUUGAAGCAAUUAUUCUGCGAUGCAUCAGAGACAACCUUCCUGGACCAGUUGCUGACUGAGGUGUAUGACAAGGUCAUGAAGAUCCAACUAUCAAUUACGGAGGCCAUGACCGGUAUUAUCACUGAGAAGACAUUGGAAGAGUUAACCACCAUUCAAGACAGGCUGGUGGCUGCCCAAUGGAGACACACUUGCUCUCUGAGUCUUCUGCCAACACCUAGUUUAAAUGGUCUGUCAGAACUGGCACUGAAGGUAGGAGCCGAAGAUAACAAGAUUGGGAGUCCCCAGCCUGAGCUGUCACUCAGCCGUGCCUCCGCGAAGUCACGCCCUGCUUCCACAAAGGAUGCUGAGCCUGGGAGCGGGCUGCUGCUGCCGCUGCCGCCUUGCACAGAGCCUGCAUCCGCAGCAUCCCUUAUGGACCUGCCGACUGCGGGGGAGAAAUUGGAGCAUUACACCCGAGACAGGCCCAGGCCGAACCGAAGGAACAGGCAACCUCCCAGCAAGUCGAAUGCAAAGAGAUCGCAGGUUCGAGACCCAGGGGCCGCUUGGCAGGAGGAAGAGGCGGCUGCUCCCCGGUGCACCUGCUGCGCGCGGGGCCCGAUCACCCUAGCCCGACCUCCUCCAACAUUCCGCCGCUGCGUCUGCCUGGGCCCGGCGGCUGUGGCUUUGCAAGCUGGCGGGGGUGGGAAAUUGCCGCAGCCUCCCUCGGAGCGGCUUCUCCUCCGCCGAGCCGCCUGCGCUCUUUUGCAAGAGCCGCCCUCACCUUGCUUUUGA